AUGGGAGUGCUGGAGCCGGUCGACUACUCGGACUGGGCGGCACCCAUCGUGGCAGUUCGGAAGGCGCAGCGCAACGCAGACGGAGAUCCGAUGGUCCGCAUUUGCGCGGAUUACUCGACCGGGUUGAACGCCGUGCUGGAGGCGAACAAGUACCCUCUCCCUACCCCCGACGACAUCUUCGCAAAGCUGGCUGGCAGCAAGUUCUUCAGCGUAAUUGACCUGUUGGACGCUUAUCUGCAGAUGGAGGUAGAGGAGGAGUCGCAGAAGCUGUUGACUAUGAACACACACAAGGGGCUGUUCAAGGUCAAGCGUCUGCCGUCGGGAGUGAAAUCCGCUCCUGGAGCCUUCCAGAAGGUCGUUGACAACAUGCUCGCCGGCCAGGAAGGAGCGGCGUCGUUCCUCGACGACGUGCUGGUGUUCGGCCGAACGCGCGCUGAGCACGACCGGAACUUGGAGCAAACACUGCAGCGGAUCCAAUAUUUCGGUUUCCGGUUCAAGAUCGAGAAGUGCAAGUUCUACAUGACGGAGGUGAAGUACCUGGGCCACAUCAUCAACCAAAACGGAAUCCGCACCGACCCGGGGAAAGUGUCUGCCAUCUCGCAGAUGCCACUGCCGAAGAACCUCACCGAGCUGCGUUCGUUCUUGGGCGCGGUCAACUACCCGUGCAUGGGUAAAUAA